CUCACACAAAGAGAGAGAGAGAAAGAGAGAGCAUCAACACUCUUUAGCGCACUCUCCCUCAAACACACCUUUCAUUGUCCCAAAUCCUGAAAACGGAAUUGUCCCGCACAGUCCCGCUGCUGUCUGAACACUGAAAUAACGGAUUGCGCUCUUCAAAUUUCCGUAAUCAUGAGCCGAUAGUGUGCGCGGAUCUGCUUUGACUGAGGGACACCUGCUCUCUCUGUUUCUCCCUUUUGUCUCUGACAUCUCUGCAGCUCGCAGCCGGCAGCGCUGAGGAGGAGGAGGAGGAGGGAAGGAGGAGGAGGAGGAGGAGGAGGAGCGGGGUGUACCUGACACCUACAGCCGCGCGCAGCAGCUCUCUUCUCCCGCAGAAACACCCCGGACGGCCCGUCACUGGUGCCUCCUUCUGUCGCCUGGCCGGGCUGUGUGGUAGUUGGUGCAGUUUGAACGGGGACCGCCGGUUCUGCUGACAGAUUGAAAACUCUUCAAAAACAAAGAAGAGUUCAAAACACAGAAGACGGAGACUCUCUAAGAACUCCAGUUUGGGUUCAUCCAGAACAGAAAUCUUCAGGAUUUCCUGACUGACUCUGAGAAAAAGGGACUGGACUUGAGAAGAUGAGUCUCCCGGUGCUUCUCUCCGCGUUGGUGUGUCUGUCUGCAGCAGCGCGCCCGGUGGCCGGGGCGGAGGGGAGCUGCUCCGACCUGCGGCAGUUCUACACCGGGAAGGGAUUCAUGCUAGUCGAUGUGCCCCAGACAGAAAUCUCCGGUGAACAUCUGAGGAUGUGUCCUCAGGGUCCGACCUGUUGUACCAGCACCAUGGAGGAGAACCUGGCCGGUCUGAGCGCCCGAGAGACAGAGGGACUGAUCAGAGAAGCCGGCAGGUCGCUGCAGGCUGCCUUCAACGCUCUCCACAGGAGCUUCGACACCUUUUUCACCGAGCUGCACACUCGCUCUGAGCGCUCCCUCCAGGAGGCGCUGUCUCCACUUGGCCCUCUGUACUCCCAGAACACUCGUCUCUUCGGAGGGCUCUACACCGACCUGCGACAGUACUACCGGGGUUCUGCUCUCAACCUGGACGAGACCCUGUCAGACUUCUGGUCCCACCUCUUGGAGCGCACCUUUAAAGCCUCUGCUCCCACAGAUGUAAGUAAAGAUGUCAACCUGUCAGAGGACUAUCUUGAAUGUGUUGCUAAGCAACAGGAGACACUGCGGCCAUUUGGGGAUGUCCCACGAGACAUGAAGGCAAAGGUGGUCCGGGCUUUUGUCACAGCCAGGUCAUUUGUCCAGGGGCUGAUUGUCAGCGGAGAGGUGGUCAGGAAGGUCUCACAGGUCUCCCUGAGUCCAGAGUGCACAAAGGCCCUAAUGAAGCUGGUCUACUGUCCACACUGUCGCGGUCUGGCCUCUGUCAAGCCCUGCUCCAAUUACUGUUCCAACGUCAUGAAGGGCUGCCUGGCCAAUCAAGCCGACCUGGACCCUGAGUGGCAGAACCUUAUAGACACCAUGAUCCAGGUGGCCUCGAGUUUCAGCACAGAGCCCAGUAUUGACGUGGUUCUCUCCUCCAUCCCUGCUCGAAUCUACGAGGCCGUUCUCUUCCUAAAGGAAAACAUGGACACAUUCACAGCAAAAGUCUACCAGACAUGUGGAACUCCAGGUGAACCAGGAACAGGAAGUCCCACCCUUCAUGAGCAGAAGAAGAAGAAGAGUGGCUCCCUGACUGCAUCAGAGUACAAACCUUCUCCGACUGCUGGACUCAGACUGGAGAUGCAGGUGUCAGACUUGUCCAGUAAGCUGAGGGAGAUGCAGCAGUACUGGAUCCAGCUCCCUGUGGCACUUUGCAGCAAACUGGCAGCAGGAGGCGCUGGCCAGGACAAAUGCUGGAAUGGCAUUACCAAAGCCAGGUACCUCCCAGAAGUGAUGGGUGAUGGACUGGCCAAUCAGAUCAACAACCCAGAAGUUGAGCUUGACAUCACAAAGCCUGACAUGACCAUCCGGCAGCAGAUCAUGCAGCUCAAAAUCAUGAGCAACAGGCUGAAAAACGCACUGGAUGGCAACGACGUGGACUUCCAGGAUGCAAGCGACGACAUCAGCGGCUCAGGAAGCGGGAUGUGUAUAAGUGGUCAGUGCUCUCGGACCAGACCAGGACUGUACGCCUACCCUCCAGACAACAACCGAGUCAGAGGCGCAGCCACGUCUCCAGCUUGCAGGUGGAGCCUCCUACUCCUGCUCCCAUUGGCCGUCCUGCUGCUUCUGCGAUGAUGGAUUGCCGCUGCCUCCAAUCAGACUCUGAGGUCUAGAGAAGGCGGGACCAUGGGACGGACAGAAAGGGUUUGGUGGGGGGAGGGAGAUUGGAACUUAAGUUUGCCAAAAAAUGAAUAAGACAUUUUGAACGGACACAGUGUUUGACCAAGAGGAGCAAAACAGUGAGAAUAUUCCUUAUUUUGUUUUGCUCAGUUUCAGAAUGUCAUAGCUUGGGUGUGAUUCAUUGAUGUGGUGAUUUGUUGAGCUGGUUUCAGUAUAUUCUUGAGAAGAGGAUGGUUGGAAGAAGACGGAGACAAGACAAGAAGACAAAGGAGGGUAUGAUGACUGAUGAUGGUGAAGAUAAUGAUGGGGUUACUGAUAAUGAUUCAUUAUUACACUAUCGGGUCCAUUUAGCUCCAGUUUGCAGACAGCAGAGCUCAGUGAAAAAAUAUGUAGUGCCCUGAUAUGUGGUGAUUUCGACAAGGCUUUUUGUUUUUUUAAUUUUAUUUCAUUUUUUAAUUCAAGUCAAGGUUGUCUACCUUAAGAUUGUGUGAGUUGUAAAUGUUUGUGUACAUUAGCUAAAAGACUGGCACCAUAUUGAGCCAUGAAUGUACAGUAUAAUACUAUAUUGGCUAUGAAUCCCCCCAUAAUCGGUAAUGUAGUCGUCCAGAUGUUUUGGUGUGUGUUGACAUAAACAGAUACAUCUAGUAGGACUCAUUUGAAAUAUUGCAGAUAAAUUAUCAGACUCCUGAAAUGUACAAGAUGUUGUGAUUGCAAGGUUUUACCUCACUUUUACUGUACACACGACCAUUUCAACUGACAAAAAAUGGAAACAGUCACUUUAUCAACAACUCAUCACCUUCGUGAACAAACAAGAACAACAACAUCAAAGCACAGACAAGCAGUUCUGCAAUUCUUCCUGCAACUAAGACAGAGAAGCUCACACUAUUCUGACACUCGUGGCUGCAAUUAACACAGAAGCCUCCACAGAAGACGUUUCAGAAGACGUUUUCUGAAAUGAAGUCUGACAAGCAACAUGGUGUCUGAUACACAGAGGGUCAAACCAAAGCACUUAUUUCACUGUACACAAUUAUUAUUUUAUUUUUAUUUUUUAUUUUUUUACUUUUAUUCAGCAGCAGACAUUGCCUGAAGUACGCUUGCUGGAGCAGCUGCAGUAGCAGCAGCCAUUUCACCAGUUUUAUUAUCUGCGUAGUGUUAAAAGAAAGCAAAGGUUUUCAGUCCAGUUUUUACAGACAGUACAGGAUGUUUGCGGAAUAUUGACAACAUGUAUACAUUCGCCUGGUGAUUCGUCAUUUACUCGGCAUGCCUUUCUUUCAGUCUACACUACUAUACUGGUACAUACGGGACUCCUGAUUCACACAAGUCUCUUACACACACACACAAACAUGUUGACACACUCGGGCUGUGGAUGAAGCUGAUUUUUUUAUUCAUCUGUGUACUGAAUCACAUUACAUUCAUUAAACUCUGUCUGAUCAUA